UCCUGGUCCCGUCCCGGACCCGGUCGAGCCUGUCGGGGGGAUAUAUGGUGCCGGUGGAGGCAGAGGCGGUGGGUAAGUGCCGGGAACCAGACGCAUUAGCCGGACAGAAGCGACUCGUGAGCGGCGGCGAUGCGGACACCUUUCCCCUGGAGGUUGGUGAAGUUUGCUUCGGCCGCGGCGCUGCUCGUGCUCCCGCUUCUGGUCCUGCUGGGCUCCCGGACUCAGAGCGAAAAGCCGGCCCUCCCGAGCCCGCUCUCUCCGGAAGACUACCGCCUCAUAUCCCCCCGGAGCUACCGGCUCCUCCUCGACCAGCCGCACGCCUGCAGGGACCGCAGCCCGGCGCUGCUGCUCCUGGUGCCCGUGGCGCCCAGGGACGCUGCGGCGCGGCGGGCGGUCCGGGCCACGUGGGGCUCCUCAGGUGGGGACACCCUCACCUUGUUCUUCACGGGGGUCCGGCCCGGUGAGGACUGGGGCUCCCUGCUCCAGGAGGAGAGCCGGCAGCAUGAGGACAUCAUCCAGAUGGACUUUGUGGACAGUUACCACAACCUGACCGUCAAGACCCUGAUGAUGAUGAGCUGGGUGGCGUCCCACUGCCCCAACGCCUCCUACGCCAUGAAGGUCGACGCGGACAUCUUCGUCAACAUCUUCUACCUCCUGGAGCUGCUCGGGAGCUACCCCCGGAGGGGCUUCAUCACCGGGUCCGUCAUCACGGACGGCCGGCCCAGGAGGGACCCCAACAGCAAGUGGUUCCUGUCCGAGGAGCAGUACCCCGACGACGCCUUCCCGCCAUACGUCUCCGGGGCCGGCUACGUCUUCUCCGCCGACCUGGCCCAGAGGAUCUCCGGGGUCUCCAGGUACGUCCGGGCCAUCCCCAUGGAGGACGUCUACGUGGGGCUGUGCUUGCGGCUUCUGGGGGUCCGGCCGGUCUACUCCCAGCGCCUGCUGGGCCUCAGGAACCUCUUCGAGAUCCGGAAGCUGGAGUACGACCGGUGCAGCUUCGCCCGGCGGGUCAUCGUCAACGGGUUCGAGCCCACGGAGCUGCAGGAGGUCUGGAAAGAUUUCUCCACAGGCUACAGCAGCUGCUGACAGCCCAGACCCCCCAGGGAAGGAAUGAAAGCCAUCAGACCCACAGGUGGUCUGCAGAGACCUGGUCCAAGGAUCCGAGGAUCAGGUCCCAUCAGAACGAUGAUGUCAGGAAAACUUAUUCAAUAGUUCAAGCUUAAUCGUGCCUAACUCUAUAGGAUGACAUAUGAAAAAUAUUGUUCAUUUAAAUUUAUAAAUGAGCCAAAAACCCUCAGCCAGGAACAUAUUCAGAGGCUUUUCAUUAGUGAGAAAUUCAUUUAUCUAGUUGGAAAUUAAAUCCACAUUUACACUGCUGCCUUUUGAGAGAGAGAUCUGUUUAUUAGGAAACAUAUGAGAGACAGAAAACUGUGGCAUGCAUGCCAGGUCAUGAGCUGGAAACACACACACAUGCAGAGAACAAUAAGCUUUAAAUGUAAUUUCUAUUAAACUAUAAUUUCCUGAAUGCUGGUUUUCAAAGUGUGGAGCAGGAGUUGCUUUCGGGCCUCUGCAGAUCUUCAGAGGAGCCGUGAAUAAAUCCUGACGUUCAGAUAAUCACUGUAGCUCACAUUCACGCUACACAACAGUGUGAGUAGGUGGAUUUUCAGGGAUUGUUAGGUUUUACUCAUACACUGCGUCUCUAAUCUCCAAGUGAUUCAAGCUUUCAAAAAGUGCCAUUUGUUUUUUAUUUAUAUAUGAACCAAAAAAGUUUAAAGAUGCCUUGUUUCCACGUUUAUAUGAUUAUGCAAACUUCUAAAUAUGAAUUGAUGGUAGAAUCAAAGCUGUAAUGGGAAGUGGUUUAAAUUAUUUUUGAUUUUUUGUGUUUUUUAGUUCAUUGUAUUGAUUUAUGUUGAAAAAAUGUAAAAGCCAUAAUAUGUCAGCAAAAAUCACAUUUAAUAGGGAUUGAAAUCUCAUCUAUCACUACAUUACGAGAAACGUUUCACUGAACAUCAGGGAAUUUAAGUAAAUGCUAAGUUUGACGUUUCUUCAGUCAGCACUAAAAAGAUUUAAAAAUACUGUCAUGAAACUGACUGAAAUCAUUUUUUUGCCAAGUUUUUCAGCAGCAUCUGCUAAACAGGCCGAACUGUCUGAUCUAAAGAAACACAGUACGGCCUCUCACUGUGUAAACAUGUUGCCUUAAAUAUCUUAUAGAUACAGAAAGAAUGUCUUUUUUUUUUUGCCAAAAGUUUUGCGUAUUUGUUAGUUUCUUACCUGCAGGUGGCGCCCUUACCGGUGCCCUGAACCCAACAAAUGGUGGAAAUUUAGCUUUGAUGUUUUACUUGCCGCUUAAAAAUGGAGAAAAUGUCAAGAGGUUACAAUUUACCUGAGCUGAAGUUUAAAUCAGAGGGCGACUCACUCAGCAAUUUGCAUGUUUGCAGCUUUUCUAGACAUGUAAAGAUUAUUUUUUUGGUGUUUGUGCAACUUAUAGAGUGAGUUAGUGGCUGCAGCUCCAGAGCAAACACUUAAGUGUGCCCACCUGCAGGAGAGAAGCAUUUGUGCAAUAUUAGCAUUUUUAGGCUAGCACUUCUGCAAAGCUAAUGUUAAAGGAACACCUCAGUUUCUUCUACCGUUCACCGAUCAGUGAAAGUCAGUUUUAUACCAAAGACUCUAUACAGCUUGUUCAAUUUGUGCCUGAUGGGUCGGAGGCUCUCCGUUACCCACAAUCCCCUGACCCUCAUGCAAGAACUUCAAGAUAUCUUCAUUUCUGAAGUGCAGCGGGUUUCGAUGUCUGUGUUGUAGAGGUUAGGGAAUAGUACUGCAUGCAGUCCUUGAAUCUAGAAUUAUGAGUACUUGCCUGUUUUUUUAUCCUGCAUAGGGAGGAAAAAAUACACUUUAAAAAAUUUAACAUUUUUAGUCUGAAGCAUGCAAAAGCAACCUUUAAAUAACUAGAUAUUCAUAACAACAGAAGUGUCUCCUAACUAGCCACACAUGGGCCAACAUUGCAAUACCGCUUUGUACCAGUAGGUGAUGUGUUGAGUUAGUUUCAUGCAGCCGGUCUGGAAACAGAGGCAAUCUGACAGCAGGAAAAAACAAAACUGGCAGUACCAGACUAAAGCUCUCACUGUGACUCUUCACUGCCUCCUAGUGAACAAACAUGGCUGCACUGAAACUUUACGUACUGGAGUUUAUGAGCUCCAUCGCAAGCCAGUCCAGCUAUCCUAGCUGUUAGCAGAUAUUGAUAGUCAAAUGGUUAUUUUUUCCCCUGUGGUCCUGUAGCAGCCUCCAGUUGACACACAGUGACAUCUACUGAUCACAGAUGGUAUUCACCGUGUUGUUUAAUAAAAAUGAAGAGUGACUUGUAUAUGAUCAUGGUUCUUGCUUGAGGUUCAGGACCUUUAAAGAGACGUCACUCUGCAGGUUCUUCAUCAGGAUCGAGCUGCUGUGCCUCUUUAUGCAUGUUCUGUGUUUCUACUGACCUUUUUCACCAAAAUGCCUCAAUGAUUUUUACCUCUGAGAAAAUGUUUUUUUUGUUGUUGUUGAAAAGCUUUCUGUUCUCAGACAGGAAGUCUUGUUUUCUCUUUGUUUUGAUGCUGCGGUUGAUUUAUAUUCUCUUCCUGAUGUGACUGAUUUAAAUUCAAUCUGCUGGAAUCCAGUGCUGAACAAAUAAAAAUUAAUCUUAAUGGA